GUUUUUACCAAAAAUAAAAAGAUGCUGUAGGCGUUCCAAAUUGUGUGUCAAGUCUAAACCAAAGAAAUGGUGUCUCCAAAUUUUAUCAUUUUAAUGUUUUGUGUGUUUCUAUGUUUGAAAUAAAAAUAGGCGAAUAAGAAAAAGAGUAACGAAAGUGAAGAAAAUUACCAGUUGUGUGUUUUGAAAAAAAGAAGCAAGUCUGUCAAUAAAAAGUUUUUCGAAAAAAGUCAUAUCGUUGUGCGUUGCCUGAAGUGUUGUUUUGUUGUAAUAAAAUUGUAAAAAAAGCUAAAAAAUAAAAGUCACAUAAAAUUUCCCAAACAUGAAUAAUUAUCAAAAUCAAACACCACCAGCGGUGUUGAGAAACCAUCAUCAGCAGCAACACCACAACAAUCAUCAUUUCUCAUCGUCAUCGGUGGCGGCGGCAGCGACCUCAACGACGGCUGUGGUGCAACAGCAUCAUUUUACCACACCUGCCAAUGCGGCAUCGGUGGUGGUGCAUCAUCAUCCACAUCACCAGCAACCAGCAGCAUCAGUACCACUGCCACCAACAGCCGUGGCAACAACUCAUCUAACACCACAGCAACAUCUUCAACAACACCAUCAUCAACCGCAGGCGCUUCAUCAUUCUCAUGCUCAUCAGCCGCUGCCAUCUGUGCCAGUAUCGGCACCACCAGCCCCACCACAACCUUUAAUUAGUAACUCUUUGGCAAUACGUCAAGAAAUUCAACGUUUCGAAAGUGUUCAUCCAUCGAUCUAUGCCAUCUACGACUUAAUCGAUUUGCUACCCAUAACGGAUGCCCAGAUCGCUCAACAAAUAAGGGAUCAUGUUGUUUGCAUUGAAGAUUCCUUUGUAAAUAGUCAAGAAUGGACGAUAUCACGCUCGGUGCCAGAUCUACGCCUCGGCAUUGUCGGUUCUCUAAAUUCCGGCAAAUCCGCUUUGGUGCAUCGUUAUUUAACCGGUUCCUAUAUGCAAGAAGAAUCCCCGGAGGGUGGACGUUUCAAGAAGGAGGUGUUCAUUGAUGGUCAAAGUUAUUUGUUAUUGAUACGAGAUGAGGGUGGUGCACCAGAAAUGCAGUUUGCUGCCUGGGUUGAUGCUGUCAUCUUCGUUUUUAGUUUAGAAAACGAAUCGAGUUUUAAUACAGUCUACAAUUAUUAUACCAAAAUGGCACAUUUCCGCAAUGGCCAGGAGAUUCCCAUGAUUUUGGUGGGCACUCAGGAUGCAAUUAGCGAACGUAAUCCCCGUGUCAUAGAUGAUUCGCGAGCCCGCAAGCUGGCCAAUGAUUUGAAACGUUGUUCAUAUUAUGAGACAUGUGCCACGUAUGGUCUAAAUGUGGAGAGAGUGUUUCAAGAUGCUUGUCAAAAAAUCCUCUCACAACGUCUACCCCUACCCGCUUCAGUUGUUACCUCAAGACCAACCACACCUCAAGGCACCCGCCUAGGCAUUGCAUCCUAUCAUCACAAUGCCAGCAGUAAUGGUAGCACGAAUGCCAAUGGUUUUUCAUCCAAUUCAAAUUCUUCGGCUAGUUCUAUGCAAAGUACAAGUGGUGGUGGUGGUGCUGCUGCGGCCGCUUCUGCAUCAAAUACCGCUGGCAAUUUGACAUUACCACAUCGCCAUCAUGUCCUGUCCAGUUCGACACAUCACAUACCCAUGCGUAUGAGUGCCGAUUUUGUACAUAGCGAACAGCAACAACAUAGUUUACCACCCAGCGGCCAGACGGCACAAAAAUUGUGGCAACAACACAAUGCCCAGCAGCAGGAUUCACAACAUGUCCAAUUGAGAUCUCAUCAUAAUCGUGAUAGGGAAUAUGCUUUAACUAAUGAGAAUAACAAUAUUACCAAAUACAAUCCCCAAGGUGGCGGCAUUGGUAUGCGGGAUUCGGCCUCAGCCGCUGAGCAAUUGGCUCCCCUCUCAUUGGUGCCUUUAAGAGAAAAAGACUCUAAUAUGGGUGUAGGCGGCAAAGAUUUACCCACACCCACCUCAACGCCUACGGCCAGUCGUAAGUCGCGCAGAAGAUCAAAUCUCUUCAUACCCUCCUCAUCGAAAAAGGGUGAGAAGGAUAUGAAAAAUGGUGAGCUGGGUAGUGGCCGUUCCAUACCCAUUAAACAGGGUUAUUUGUAUAAGCGAUCGAGCAAGUCCUUGAACAAGGAAUGGAAAAAGAAAUAUGUAACAUUGUGUGAUGAUGGUCGCUUGACCUAUCACCCAUCGCUGCAUGAUUACAUGGAUGAUGUGCACGGCAAGGAGAUACCAUUGCAAUAUGUUACCGUUAAGGUGCCGGGCCAGAAACCAAGAGGAUCCAAGUCCAUCAUAACAAAUAGUGCUUUGACCACAUCUAUGCUCUCCACAAAUAAUGUUUUCGAACCCCUUAAGGAGUCAGCAGUCAAAUCAAACUCAUCCCAACAGACCAGUGGCGAUGAGGGCAUAGCCAUGUCCAAUUCAAAUUCUCAAACUUUCCUGGCCGUACCCGGUGAGAAUUCACAACGUGAACUAUUAGCUGUAAAUGCCUCCAAUAAAUUGGAAGCCCAAACACCAAAUGUUAAGAAACGUCAUAGACGUAUGAAGAGCAGUAGCGUCAAGUCCAAUGAAAUUGAUGACUCUGAUGGCUAUGAAUUCUAUAUUGUUUCAUUGGACUCGAAGCAAUGGCAUUUCGAGGCAGCCAAUUCCGAGGAACGCGACGAAUGGGUGGCCGCCAUUGAGCAGGAGAUAUUCAAGAGUCUACAGAGCAUAGAGAGUACCAAAUUGAAACCGGCCACAACCAGUGAAUUGGCAUCGAUGGUGACGAUACGUACCAGGGUACCGGGUAAUGGUUAUUGCGUUGACUGUGAUGCACCAAAUCCUGAAUGGGCCAGCUUAAAUUUGGGUGUCCUCAUGUGCAUCGAAUGCUCGGGUGUCCAUCGUAAUUUGGGUUCACAUAUUUCCAAAGUUCGUUCAUUGGGUUUGGAUGAUUGGCCUGCUGGCCACUUAAGUGUCAUGCUGGCCAUCGGCAAUAGCUUGGCUAAUUCCGUUUGGGAAGCAAAUACACGCCAAAGAACCAAACCAAAACCAAAUACAUCACGCGAAGAGAAAGAGGCCUGGAUCAGAAGUAAAUAUGAGGCAAAAGAAUUUCUACCUUCACCAAAUACAAAUACCAAUGCAACACCGGGUCAGCAAUUAAUUGAAGCUGUGAUUAGAUCUGAUAUGAAAUCGAUUGUUUUAAUAUUGGCCAAUUCUACACCCGAGGUAACCAAUGCCAAUGUUAGUCCUAGAGACGUUAGGACACCAUUACUAUUGGCUUGUGCCAUUGGAAAUUUGGCAAUUGCUCAACUUUUGAUAUGGAACGGUGCCAACAUCAAACACACCGAUCAUGAGGGUAGAACCUGUUUGGCAUAUGCCAGGGCAGCCCAAUCAUUGGCCACAGCCAAAUCAUUGAAGGCAGCAGCUGCUGCUGCCGCCGCUGCGGCUGCAAACUCGGCAAGCAAUAAUUCUUCAAGUUUGGCCAGCAACACCUCGUCAUCGUCCUCAUCGAUAUCCCAGAGCACCUCGAACAAUACCAAUUCCACAUCGAUGGCCUCUUCCGUAAAUAAUACGGCUAGCAACAACACCACUACAUCACAACAAUCUCAGCAAUCAUCUGCAACAGCAGCAAAUGGUGGCAUUCCGGCACCGCAUUACAGUGUCGAGGAAACCACCGCCUUGGUUGAACUUCUCACCGGUUUGGGUUGCCCCGAAUCGGCACCCUUGACCGCAAGUGGUACAUUGCCACGACGAAGAGACACCUUGGGUACACCCUAUGAGAAAACUGUAUCAGGUGUUAUAUAAACAUAACAAAAAUAUAUAUAGAAUUAAAAAAAAUAUUAUUAGUCUUUAGGUUUUAUAUAGGAACAUUAAUAUGAAGGUAGUUUUUAACAAACAACACGCUUAGCUUAAAAAUGCUAUAAAACAAACAAACCGGAAAUUAAGUUUUUUAUAUUUUAAGUUUAUUUUGAAUCUUGUUUCUUUUUUUUCGUUUAGAAUUUUCGUUCCUUUUCUUUGUAACAAAAUCUCUGUUUUAGUUGAAAUCUAAAAAACAAAACCAUUUUAUGUUUUCUUGAUUCUUUUAUUUUUGUAAAGUUUUUUUUUCAUUUUAGUUUUUAUUUGGUAAUUAAGGAAUUUUGUAAAGUGUUUUAUGUCUUCUGUAGAUGGGUUUUGUUAAAGUUUGAAUUUCAUUAUUUGUAUAAAAGAAAUGUUUUUAGUUGCAGUUUUUUUGAAUAAGUAAGGUGUUGUCUUUUUUAAGCACAGCGUUUUUUAUGGUCCCAUGUUAAUUGUUUAGCCUUCCCUGAACCCUACCUGCUACCUCAUGUAUUCCACAAUUAUUUGUCUCCCACCCCACCACCUCUACACCAGGCUUGUUUUUUUUAGCAAAUCUCUACCAAUUUUAUUAUAUUUUUAUUUUAUUUUAUAAUAUAAAAAAUAUAUUAUAAAUAUAUAUGUAUGUUUUUUUGAAAACAAAAAAUGUAUUGAAUGUAUUAAACAAAAAAUCUGUAUAACAACUUUUUUGUAUGUGUAUGUAAAUAUCAUCUAUAUAUGUAUUAAAAUUGGACAUAUUUUUUUAUUAUACAAAAAAGGUUUUAUGUUUAAGUUUUAUUAUUUUUUUGAAAUUAAAAAACCACCCCAAAAAAUAUUAACAAAACAAACAAA